AUGAGGUCAAGUCUGAUCCCAUUAAUGAAGCAGAGCGUGAAGUCUGUCAGAAGUUUCAGAGCUGGUCUACCCAAAGCGGCUGUGAUUAGCCAGUUGCAGAUGUUGAAAGGAUCUGUUGGACUAUGGGCAUUUGGCUGCACAGCUGAUGACAUCAUUUAUAUAACCCUCCCUCUGUACCAUAGCUCAGGGGCUCUCCUUGGAAUUGGUGGAUGUGUUGAGUUGGGGGCCACAUGUGUGUUAAAGAAGAAAUUCUCCGCAAGCCAGUUUUGGAUUGAUUGCAAGAAGUAUAACGUGACUGUGUUUCAGUAUAUUGGGGAACUUUGCCGUUACCUGUGCAAACAACCUCAGAGAGAAGGGGAAAAGGACCACCGGGUGCGUUUGGCAGUUGGAAACGGUAUGAGCAGUGAUGUGUGGAGACAAUUUUUAGACAGAUUUGGAAAUAUUAAAAUGUGUGAAUUUUACGGAGCUACCGAAGGAAACAUAUGCUUCAUGAACCAUACUGGGAAGAUUGGAUCUGUUGGGAGAGCCAACUUCUUCUACAAUCUUUUUUUCUCCUUUGAGUUGAUAAAGUAUGACUUUCAGAAAGAUGAACCACUGAGGAACGGACAAGGCUGGUGCUACCGUGUGAGAAAAGGAGAACCUGGUCUCCUCAUUUCUAGAGUCAAUAAGAAGAAUCCCUUCUUUGGCUAUGCUGGCUCCUACAGGCACACGAAAAGCAAGCUGCUUUUUGAUGUGUUUAAGAAGGGAGAUGUUUACUUCAACACGGGAGACCUAAUGUUCCAAGACCAUGAGAACUUUCUGUAUUUUUGGGACCGUAUUGGAGACACUUUCAGGUGGAAAGGAGAAAAUGUCGCAACCACAGAGGUCGCUGAUAUGCUUGGGAGGUUGGACUUCAUACAGGAAGCAAAUGUGUAUGGUGUGCCUGUGCCAGGUUAUGAAGGAAAAGCGGGAAUGACUUCUGUUAUUCUAAAACCAAACAAGUCUUUAGACUUACAAAAAAUGUACGACCAAGUGGUAACAUCUCUACCAGCUUAUGCCUGCCCACGGUUUUUAAGAAUUCAGGACAAAAUGGAAACAACAGGGACAUUCAAGCUAAAGAAGCUACAACUGAUGGAAGAAGGAUUUAAUCCGCUGAAGAUUUCUGACCCACUUUACUUUAUGGAUAAUUUGAAAAAAUCUUAUGUUCCAUUGACCAAACAGAUUUAUAAUCAGAUAAUGUCAGAGGAGCUUAAAGUUUAAGACUGUAUUUAUGGGACUUUGAUGGCUUCCUGGGAAAGGUGACAGAAGAUUCAUGGACCUCUUUGUGGACAAACAUGGAGGAGUUCUUUUCAUGAAUUGAAAGAAAUUGUACAUGAAGCAUGCAUUUUGUAUACCCAAGCAUCCAAAGCCCACCCUUCUCAGCACAGUGAGCCGUGAAGUAGGAGCUGUUUGCCUCAUGGUGGCAAGGCUGACUUGAGGCUGCUGCUCACAGUUGCUGCCCAGAAUCACCAGAAAGCAGCAUGAGCUUUAUAGUAUGAGGUCAGAGGUAGACUACAGUUCAAAGUACAAUGAUUUCUGAAUGCAUUUGGGAAGUAAAAUCAAACAGGCCGUAGUAUUACCACCUGACUCUGUCAGGAAUGUGAUGAUUUACUCUGAAGCGGAGAUGGGGAAAUAACGUUCAGCAUAGGCUGUGUUUCCUUCUCAAGCAGAAUUUCCUUGAGUUUACUAAGACUUAGAUUUGCUUUGAUUGAUAUAAACUUAGCUGAUAUUUUAUUAAUUUUAAGAUUCAGUCAGUAACAAAAUACUUGCCUUAAUAUUGAAGAUUUUAAAUAAUACAUAAGUAAUUAACAGUUGAAUCAUUUAAAAUACUUUUAUGUAAAGAUUCUAGUUUUCAGAGAAUGGUAAAAAAAUUUUUACUGAGUUUAUUUUUAUGUGAUUUAUCUUGUAACUCAAUAAAAGCAUCUUCAUUAA